GAUAUACUCUUACCUCUACAAUAUAUAAAGUCAAAUAAUAAGCAUACAGCACUACUGGAGAAAGACGCUUGAGCUAAAGCCAACAAAGACAAAGUGAGCUUGUUUUCAGAGUCCCAAGAUGAAUCCAAAAGUGGUAAUACUGGUGACAGCGAUGGCCCUUCUCUGCCUUGCACCACUUGGGAGAGCAGAAGAGGAUAAAGAAGAAAAAAAAUCUGAUAAAGAGGGAGAGAAAGAGGAAGAUGAAGAGAAAAACGAUUCAGACGAAAGCUCAGAAGAGGAUUCAGAUGACGAUUCAGAUGACGAUUCAGAUGAUGAUGCUGGAGAUGAUAAGAAGAAGGACGAUGACAAGGCUGAUAAAAAAGAAAAGAAGGAGGCUCCUCUUAGAUAAGGGAAAUGAAAUCUAGAGUGAGAAAGAGGAAAAGGAGGCACAAGAUAAUGAUGAUGACCUCACUGACGAUGCUGAUAUAAGAUAUGACAUUGCACAUUUUAAGCUAAAAAUACAUUUAUGUCUUGAGAAUUAAUGUGUAACGUUAUAUUUUACUUUCAUGACAAAUUCAACAAUUAAAAACUUAAUAAAUAUUACAAUAACUAAA